AUGAAAUUCUUAACCGCACUUGCAUUAUUUGCAUCCGUAUUAUUCUACUUCUUUGGUCAAGCAUCAGCAGCCAAGGAUUUACCAGAAAACCCACCAAUCACCAACAAGGUGUUUUUCGACAUUGAAGAAGAUGGUAAAUCAAUUGGCCGUAUAACUAUUGGAUUAUUUGGAACAAUUGUCCCCAAAACUGUUGAAAAUUUCAAAACUAUUGCCAUUUCAACUGAUUCUGAACAACAAUACACCGGAUCCAUUUUCCAUCGUGUGAUCAAAAACUUCAUGAUUCAAGGUGGUGAUUAUGAAACCGGUCAAGGAUAUGGAGGUAAAUCAAUCUAUGGUAAUAAAUUUGAAGACGAAAAUUUUGAAUUGAAGCAUGAUCGUAAAUAUAGAUUGAGUAUGGCUAAUGCUGGUAAAAAUACUAAUGGAUCACAAUUUUUCAUUACUACUGCUGUGACUAAUUGGUUGGAUGGUAAACAUGUUGUGUUUGGUGAAGUUAUUGACGGAAAAGAUGUGGUUGACUAUAUCGAAAAUGUCAAGACCAGCCGUGGCGAUCGUCCAGCUAAAGAAAUCAAGAUUGCUAAGUCUGGAGAGCUUGAAGUUGAAGGUGGAAAAGAGGCUUCAAACGAGGAUAUACAAAAAGAUGAACUUUAG